UACAAUGAAAAAAAUCGUGCGCAUUAAUAACCAUUAAGCAACCAGAAAAUAUGACGAUAUGAGUUGAUACAAUUUCAAUCACUUGUUGUUCAUAUUUACACUUUGCAACUUCUUUAAAAUAAUGUAUUUUGAAAUAAAUUUCUCCAAGUGAUUUUUGUUCAUCGUUAUGGUUCUGGUUUUCAGAAUUAAAAAUGAAAAAAACAACCAGAAGUCAAAAGAUUCAACUUUCAAUCUUUGCUGGUUCAAUUUUUUUUUCUUUUUUAGGCUGUUUCUUUCUUGUAACGGAUAUGCAAAUGAAAAGUUAUUGCCUUCAGGAGACGAUAAGUCAGAGUUUCAAGACUGUUGGUGGACUGGGUGUCAGAAAAAUGCUUGGUCAGCUGUAGGAUGUGCUCAUUACAACAGAACUGAAAGAGACAAGUUGGUCUGUGAAGAUGGUCAUAAAUAUUUUUGCUGCCCGAAAUUGACGGAUGAAGAUUUUUCUACAGAUGAAGGUUCACCAAUCUCAGAAACAACAACUUCCUCAUCAACAACGACUUAUAAGCCAAUGUAUCAUGGCUGUUGGUGGACUGGAUGCCAGAAAAAUAGCUGGGCGAUUGUUGGCUGUGCCCAUUAUAAUUUAACUGAACACGAAAGGACAGAUUGUGACGAUGGACAUAGAUAUUUUUGUUGUCCUGGUCCACCUCUCAAGCCUGUAAAGGCUGAAGAACAGAGAUGUUGGUGGUCUAGUUGCCAAUUGAAAUUUUGGGAGAAUCGAGGCUGUCGAGCUGAUCUUGAAUUCAAAAGUAGCCAGCCUUGUCCUGAAGGAGACUUAUUUGAAUGCUGUGAAACCAAAGAGCGCAAACAAGAAGAGGAUAUUGAACCGAUUACAGGAGGAUCUUUUGAGAAUUUCGUGAAAUAUCUGCUUCUUAAAAGUCAUGAUUUUAUUGCAACGCCAACACAGUUGAAGUGUACUCAACUAGAUCCUGAUAAAUCAAUAAUAAUGCAAGUUGGGGAUGAUGAUGGCGUCAGAAUUUGUGAUUUAUGCCCGAAUUUACCUUUUCUUUACUUGAAAGAUAUUUUCCUGGACCGAAUUCCAUCAAAUACAACAUCGAAUGUUGAUUUUCAAGAUUGUUUUGGUUUGUGUGAAGCGAAUUCUCGUUGCUUAUCUUUGAGUUAUGAUCAAGAAUCAUUGAAAUGCUACAUGUUCAACAGCACAGUUGGUAUCUUUACAAGUGAUUCAAAUUGGAAAACGAUUUUGAUGAGUCAACCUUCUGGAGUAUUAGAGAGCUGGCUUUAUAUACGCCAUACUUCCAUUUCAGGUCACUAUCAUAAAAUUGACCAACAAACAAGUUUUCGUGAUUGUUUAAGAGCUUGUCAACUCGACAAAUUGUGCAAUCAUGCUUCAUACAAUUUACAAUCAUUUGAAUGCAAGAUGUAUAGUAGCGUAAAAACAAUUGAUUAUAUUGACUUGAACUAUGGUUGGUUGACAGCAUUUAAUUUGACUGAUAUACCAUCUGAGAAAUUAGAUGUUUCCUGGAGAUUCACUCGAGAUGAAAAUGAUUUGGAUAAACUUGCCUCAAACACCACUUUAGAUAAUACUUGUUCUGGAAAACACAACGAAACUCAUUCAGCUUACUUUUCAAAAGAUUGUUUUACUUCCGGUGCAGUUGGUUGUGACUCAAUCACUGGUUGCAAAAAAUGCUAUUACCCUGAAGCAACAGAUGAACUUUUCAGUUAUAAACUACAGAUUUGCCCAGACAGUGUAAUGGCUAAAGCAUCGAGAAUCGCAGAUCAAGUUAUCAAUCGAAUGGUUACUUGUUUGUCGAAAGAUAAAUGUCUCGGAAUCGGCGUUAAUGGACUAGAUGAGUCAACUGAAGAAAUAUUGCCUGAAUUAUUGACCAAGGAAUAUCAAACCAGAUAUAUGUUGAGAUACCCUGAAAAAAAUAUUGGUUUACAUCGUUUUCUUCUUAGAAACGAUUUUUUACCUGAUUUUGAUUUGAUGAAAAGUGAAAUGACACAAUAUUACAAUGAAAUGAGUCGAGGAAAUCUGGAGGACUGCUUAGAAGAAAUCAAUAUCAAUGAUAAAAUCACUAAAAUAAGUUAUUCAUCGAUAACAAAAAUAUGCAAAGUUGCAAGUGAUCAAGUUUCAAUGCAUAAUAAACCCAAACAAGGGUUGAUUGCGAUGGUUAAACAUCCAGAUAUUUGGUCAAACUCUGCUUACUAUGCAGCAAUUUACGGCAUUGGUCUUGAUAAAUUGAAAGCCAGAUGGGAAAUCAAGUCUUGUGAGCCUGAUUGUGAAGAAAAGUGUAGUAGUUAUUGUUCAAAUGAGCUCAAAGAUUGGUGUAUCUUUUAUACACUUACGUAUGAGUAUGGUGAAGCAGAAUGUCACUUUUACGAAUAUGAUGAUACUUUGACACUACAAGCAGCUAAUGUAAUAUUGUACAAAAAAAUAAGUACAUUAGAUUUUAAUCUAGAAUCACUGGACAAGCUAAACUUUUUCCAAUCUGAUGAUAUUUAUGGGUGCUUUGAAAACUCUCUAAAUGGAGGCUCCACAGCAUCAGUGGAGUUGAAAAAAACCAAAAAUGGAGUUUCACUGCGACGAAAGCGAAAUAUAUUCAAAAAGAUUGGGAAUGCUUUCAAAAAAAUCGGCAAGGGGUUUGUUGAUGGUAUCAAGAACACUGCUAAAACUAUUAUCGAUUCUGGAAAAGGACUAGUAAAAGCAGCAGGAAAAUUCAUAAAAGGAGACAUCAAAGGAGCAGCAGAUGCAGCAAUGAAGAUUCCCAUCGUUAAAGACAUCAAAACUAUCGGAGAAGCUGCUGGUUCUCUUUUCAAAGGUGACUUUAAAAGUUUCAAGAAAAAAGGAGCUGAGUUCUUGCAAUCAGGAACUUUUGAUUUGCUUUCAAUGGCUAUUCCAGGGGGAGGCAUCGCUGGUAAAGGAUUAAGCAUAGCUAGUAAAGCUAUAGCUAACACUGGCAAAAUUUCAAAAAAUGCAGCGAAAACAGGAGUGAAAAAGCUUAAAACAAAAGACAAAAUAACAAAGGACAGAUCAAAAUCAGAUCAAAGUAAAUCAAAAAGCAAAGGGGAAGAUAACAAGAAAAAAGACAAAGAUAGAGAUGCAGAGCAGAGAGGAAGUCAAUGCGAUGUGAAAAAUAAACACACUAAAAGAGCCACUAAACGGAAGCGUCCUGGUAAAGAUUGUGAUGACGAUGAUAAAGGUAAUGGCGCAUGCCCUCGUCCCGUUUCGAACGUUCAUGGCCCAAAUCUCGAUCCGAUAAUUCCAUCUACAACAAACGAUUGUAGAAAUAGAAAAGUUAAUGCUAAAUGUGAUUUCGAAUGUGAACCAGGUUAUGAGGAAGUUGAACCAACAAUAACUUGUAAAAAUAUUGGUAAAAACAAACUCGAUUGGAUGCCGAAGCCAGAAUGCAAGCUAAAAGACUGUGCAAAAACAAACCAAGUUUUGAUAUCGUUAACGACACCAAAGAAUAAACUUGGAGCAGUUGGUACUUCAAAACAUGUAGUCGUUUACAGUGUACUCUUCAACAAACGCAGAAAAUUGCCGAUUUGGUCAAUCGCGCUCCAUCAAAGUAAUGUUUGGCAACACAAAAGCUACAACGAGUUCUUUUUCAAAAGCCGAGAGAAUAGGUUCAAAAAAUACCCUUGCCCAUCUUUAGUAGCGUACCAAGCAAACGAUUUAGAUUACAAAGAUAGUGGAUGGCAUAAAGGCCAUCUUACCCCAGCUAACAUUGCACGUUGGUCCCACAAAGCCACUUUAUCUUCUAAUCUCUAUAUCAAUGCUGCACCACAAGAUGGCCGAACAAAUUCAGGUCUCUGGACGCAACUCGAAGCUCAUGUUCAAUGCUUUGGAAAGCGAAAAAGAAUAAUAGUGGCAACUGGAAUAUGUCACUCAUCCAUCGGUAAGACGAAUACUGGCGGAAUCGAUGUUCCUGCAUGCUUUUGGAAAAUGUUGUGUUAUAAAGAUGAAUCAUCGACUGAAGUCGUUGUUGGUUUUAUUGCUGAAAAUUCCAAACUCAACAACAAGCAUGAUCAUGCGAAACGCGCCAACGUAUCUUUGACUCCAGUUUCCCAGGCUCGUGUAUUGAGAAUGUUUAAAGGACGCAAUCCUUGGAUAUCAACUAUAAUGGAGUUAAAUAAAGGUCGUGAGGCUACAAUUGGAGCAGACGCUACAGUUUGGUUACCUGUCAAUCCAAUAGCAUGUGAACGAGCUCGAAGUUUGAAGGACGAUGAAGCCGCAGCAUGGGUAGCAGCAUUUACAAAGGCAGAGUCGAAACUGAUGCGGGGUAAAAACACACACUCUGGUAAAAUAAAAAGAGAGUCACCACCAUUAGAUCGUGGAUGUCAUCCUGACGAGUUUAGUGAAACUUUGUCUUUGAUAGGACUUGCAACAUCAGGUUCAGGCAUUGACGUAGACAGAGAUACCGAUACAAGUCGAAUUGUUGCAGAGAAUGGGGAUGGCUCAAUAAAAGUUGCAGUGCAAAGCUGUGGAAAGCGCAUUAUUGGUUAUUACACAUCAUGGGGGAAAAGACCAAUAACUGGAAUAAUGAUGCAAAGAUUAACUCAUGUUAUUUUUGCAUUUUUAGAGAUUUCAUCAGAUGGAAGAGUAUUCAUUGGUUCUCCAGAUCGUAAAAACAGCAAAGACGUCGAUGAAGAGCUUGAUAGAGCCAAAUCACGUCUUGAGCACUUGAUGAGCUUGAGAAAAAUUUAUCCACAUGUAAAAGUACUAUUUGCAGUUGGAGGCUGGGAAAAUUCACAAUAUUUCAGUAAAAUUGCUGCUUCAAGUUCCAUGAGAAAUACAUUUAUGACAUCUAUUGUUAAGCUUAUUUCAGAAUGGGGCUUUGAUGGCGUUGAUUUAGACUGGGAAUAUCCUGUUACAGGUGGGGCUAAUGAAGGAAUGCCAGCUGAUAAAAUGAAUUAUGUGAUUCUCAUGAAAGAAUUACGUGGCUUAUUAGAUGCUCUUGCUGAUGAGGUGAAAAGAAACGACAAAUAUUUGAUAUCAUUCGCAGGUGCUGCAGGUCAGUGGACAUUGGAUCCAGGUUUUGACCUCCCGGGUUUACUCAAAUAUGCUGAUUUUGUAAACAUCAUGACUUAUGAUUACUUUGGAGCUUGGGCAUCGAAAUGGGGAGCAUAUACUGGGCCACCAGCGCCAUUAUACUUUGGUAUGCCAUCACGAUUCUCAGGAAAAACUAAUGCAGCCUGGACCGUUAAAUAUUACACCUGUAAAACUAAGCUACCGCACAAACUUAAUAUGGGAGUUCCUUUCUAUGGUAGAUACUGGAAAAAUGUUGGCGAUCCAGUUGAUGGAUCUGACGGUAUGUGGCGACUUGCAAAGGCUGUAAAUGGUAAAUUUGAGGGGGAUUUUGUUCCUUGGUAUAAGAUUGAAUCUGAAUAUUCAACAUCAAAUGGAUACAAUGUCAAAUUCCAUGAGAAAUCUAAAACACCGUACGCUUGGAACCCAUCAACAAAAAUUUUUCUAGGCUUUGAGAACCAGGAAUCCCUAAAAUACAAAGUUGAAUAUGCUGUGCAUAAGAAUGUUGGUGGUCUGAUGGUGUGGGCAAUCGAUCUUGAUGAUCGCAACCUUACUUUGCUCGAUAUUGUCAGUAAAGCACCUCUUUGUAAAAACACUGAUCCUAACAAAUUUGACUUCAUUUGCUCACCAAUCGACGAAAAAAGAUGGUGGACAUCUGAAGAUGGCGAAGACAAAGCAGGGCUGUGUGGUAAAUCAGCUCCACUUUACAAAGGCUAUUAUCCAGUCUGCGAUCCUGAUGAUCCAGGUUACAGUUGCUGUGGUAAGUUUGGCUAUUGUGGAACUGGCCCUGAUUAUUGCAAUUGCCCGACUUGUAAAGAUUUUGGAAAAGAUCCAAGAAAAAUUUUAGAAGGUGCUAUUAAACCAUCAGUUCCGGUUACAUGGUAUUUACUUAACGAUCCUGACGGUAAAAGAGGCAGAUGUGGGAGAAAAAUAGAAAAAAUCUCAGGAAUUUAUCCAACUUGUAACCCUGAUGAUGAUAAUUCUCAUUGUUGCUCGAACGGUGGUUACUGCGGAAGUACAGCUGAGCAUUGUAAAUGCCCUGGUUGCAUAGAUUUCAGAAAGAAUCCGGCUUAUAAGUAUGGUCCGAAAAUGUGGUGGACGCUUGAAGAUGGAGCUAGUCUCGGAGGAUCUUGUGGACCAAAAGCUCCUAAGAUAAAUGGAAAAGAGGCUGGCUGUGACCCAGAUUCGCCAACACACAAGUGCUGUAGUCCUCAUGGUUGGUGUGGUGCAGGACCUGACUUUUGUGCAUGUAAAGGCUGUAAAACCUACAGUUAACUAUUAUAUCUACUUGCCUUUAUAAUUCAAAACAAUCAUUGUUACUGGUUUAUAAUAAUUAAACUGAUUAAAGGGAUGAAUAGGUGAAAAA